GACAAAGACGAACGCGCAUACCAACCACGACCACGCAUCCACACUAUCUAAAUUCCUGGGCAUACGAUCCAGCGGCCUGAGUAACGAUCUCUCUACAAUCGAACUGGAGCGGGUCAAUUGGGCUGCUCUGCGGUGUUAGGGGCGCAUCUUACGACCGGCGAGUUUACCAAUAUGGAGCAGGCGGCUGUAGGGGCAGAGAAGGCGCAGACGGCGAUUGCGACGGAUGCGGAUCCGACGAGGGGGAUGCCGUAUCAUGAUAAGUUGACUGGGGAGCUGAAGCAGGCGAUUAUGAAGAGGAGGGUGUUGGAGAGGAAUAUUAUGGCGCUGGAUGAGACGAUUUAUAAGAAAGAGGGGGAGUACCUCGAGGACACGCCACAUGGGAAUGUGUUGACGGGGUUCGACAACUACAUCAAGAGUAUAACGAGCAAUGCGGUGGGGAGGAGGAAGCAGGGCGUCAGCGAGAACGAUAGAGUGUUUUCGCGGAGCAGUGUUAGGCUGGCAGAUUUCAUGGUAUGGACGCACAUCCCCAUCUCCUUGCUUGCCGCUUCACCGAAGACGCCGUGGAAAGUACAAUGCUGAUGUUAAUAGGAUUCUCCCGGCGGACUGUCAACACAGACCACGCCUUCAGGGGCGCCAACACCCAUUUCGGCUGGGUUCGGGAGGGAGGGGAGUGGGAAUGCGACGCCCACGAGCGCUACGGCGCGGGCUGGGGUGAAGAAGAAGCGUGGGAAGGGAGAGGGGGACGAUAGUGAG